UAACUUCUCUUGGAAAUAAAAAAAUAAUAAUUAUUAAUUAAUUAAUUAAUAAUUAAUAAACAAUAUCAUGCAUAAUUAUUACCCCAUGGCUUUCCCUAUCCUUUUCCUUCUCUUCAUUUCCCUUCCAUUUUCUUCAGCCAAACUCAACAUUAAUUACUACAAAACAACAUGUCCUGACUUUGAAAAAAUUGUUAGAGAAAACAUUUACACAAAACAAAGCACAACUCCGGCAACCGCGCCAGGCCUCCUCCGUCUUUUUUUCCACGAUUGUAUAACCGACGGUUGUGAUGCUUCCCUCCUUGUUACUUCGACCGCAUACAACCCUCACGCUGAGCGUGAUGCUGAUCUUAACCUAUCCUUAUCCGGCGAUGCAUUUGAUAUCAUUGUCAAGAUAAAAAAUGCAUUAGAACUUUCAUGUCCCGGCAUUGUUUCGUGUUCCGAUAUUAUUGCUCAAGCAACUAGAGAUCUUGUUAAGAUGGUUGGUGGUCCAUUUUAUCCAGUGAGGUUAGGAAGAAAAGAUAGUUUUGUAUCAGAUGCUUCAAGAACUGAAAAAGCUCUUCCAACAACAAAAAUGUCAUUAGAUGGUAUAAUUGAAAAAUUUACCAUAAAAAAUUUCACUAUUAGAGAAAUGGUUGCAUUAACUGGUGCACAUACAAUUGGUUUCACACAUUGCAAAGAAUUCGCCAAUAGGAUUUUCAACUUUAGCAAAACUUCUGAGAUUGAUCCAACACUUCAUCCAAAAUUGGCUCAAGGUUUAAGAGAAGUGUGUAAAAAUUAUACUCAUGAUCCAACAAUGGCUGCAUUUAAUGAUGUGAGGUCACCAGGGAAAUUUGAUAAUGCAUAUUUUCAAAAUGUGUUGAAGGGUUUAGGAUUAUUAACAACUGAUUAUAUUUUGGGAGUUGAUCCAAGGACAAAGCCAAUUGUGGAAUUAUAUGCAAAAGAUGAACAAGUAUUUUUUGAAGAUUUUGCUAAGGCAAUGGAGAAAGUUUCUGUGUUUCAAGUGAAGACUGGUAAGAAAGGUGAAGUGAGGAGCAGGUGUGAUCAAUUCAAUCAUAUUCCUAAUUAGAGGAGUGAUUAAUAAGUAAUUACUAAAAACUGAAAUUUUAUAGUAUUUAUAUAUAUUUUAUAUGUAUUUAUGAUGUAUCUAGAGAGCCAUGGGUAUAUAUUGUCCUUAAUUAUCAAAAGAAAAUUGAGACAU